GCCCGGCCGCUACCCCCGCGACCCCGCCAGGGGCGCCGACUUCGACCGCGUGUACAGCGGGGUGGUGAGCCUCAGCACCGAGAGCAUCUACUCCUUCAACUACACCAGCCGGCCCGGCCAGGUGACCGCUGUGCGGGUGUACGUGAACAGUUCCUCUGAGAACCUUGACUACCCAGUCCUUGUUGUAGUUCGCCAGCAGAAAGAGGUGCUGUCCUGGCAGGUUCCUCUGCUCUUCCAAGGGCUAUACCAGAGAAGCUACAGCUACCAGGAAGUCAGCCGCACUUUAUGUCCUUCAAAAGCAACCAAUGAAACAGGACCUUUGGAGCAGCUCAUAUUUGUAGACAUAGCAUCCAUGGCACCACUUGGUGCCCCGUACAAACUGCUGGUCACCAAGAUCAAGCACUUCCAGCUCUGGACAAAUGUUGCCUUUCACUUUACUGCCAGCCCCUCUCAGCCUCAGUUUUUUCUAUACAAGUUUCCCAAAGAUGUGGACUCGGUUAUCAUUAAAGUGGUGUCUGAAAUGGCUUACCCAUGUUCCGUUGUUUCAGUCCAGAACAUCAUGUGCCCAGUGUACGAUCUUGACCACAAUGUGGAAUUCAAUGGUGUCUACCAGUCCAUGACCAAGAAAGCUGCCAUCACACUACAGAAGAAGGAUUUUCCCGGCGAGCAGUUCUUUGUGGUGUUUGUGAUAAAACCUGAAGAUUACGCCUGCGGAGGAUCAUUCUUCAUCCAGGAAAAUGAAAAUCAGACCUGGAAUCUACAGCGAGCAAAGAACCUCAGAGUAACCAUCGUUCCUUCCAUCAAAGGAUCUGUUUAUGUGAAAUCCAGUCUUUUCAGUGUCUUCAUCUUUUUGUCCUUCUACGUGGGAUGCCUGCUUGUUGUGUUUGUUCAUUACGUGAGGUUUCAUAGGAAAUCUAUCGAUGGAAGCUUUGGUUCCAAUGAUGGUUCUGGAAAUAUGGCGGUGUCCCAUCCCAUUGCAGCCAGCACGCCUGAAGGCAGCAAUUAUGGGGCAAUAGAUGAGUCAAGCUCUAGCCCUGGAAGGCAGAUGUCCUCCGACGGUGGGCAGCCGUGCCAGUCAGACACAGACAGCUCUGUGGAGGAGAGUGACUUUGACACCAUGCCAGAUAUUGAGAGUGACAAAAACGUCAUCCGGACUAAGAUGUUCCUUUACCUGUCAGAUCUGUCCAGGAAGGACCGGAGGAUUGUCAGCAAAAAAUAUAAGAUUUAUUUUUGGAACAUCAUCACCAUUGCCGUGUUUUAUGCACUGCCUGUGAUCCAGCUGGUCAUCACCUACCAGACGGUGGUAAAUGUCACCGGCAACCAGGACAUCUGCUACUACAACUUCCUCUGUGCUCACCCCUUGGGCGUCCUAAGUGCCUUCAACAAUAUUCUCAGUAACCUGGGCCAUGUACUCCUGGGCUUCCUCUUCCUGCUGAUCGUCUUGCGCCGGGACAUUCUCCAUCGAAGAGCCCUGGAAGCCAAGGACAUCUUUGCUAUGGAGUACGGGAUCCCCAAACACUUUGGUCUCUUCUAUGCUAUGGGCAUCGCGCUGAUGAUGGAAGGAGUGCUCAGUGCUUGUUACCAUGUCUGCCCCAAUUACUCCAAUUUCCAAUUCGACACUUCCUUCAUGUACAUGAUCGCCGGCCUCUGCAUGCUGAAGCUCUAUCAGACCCGGCACCCGGACAUCAAUGCCAGCGCCUACUCGGCCUACGCCUCCUUCGCCGUGGUCAUCAUGCUCACCGUCCUUGGAGUGGUGUUUGGGAAAAACGAUGUGUGGUUCUGGGUCAUCUUCUCUGCAGUCCAUAUUCUGGCCUCCUUGGCCCUCAGCACCCAGAUCUACUACAUGGGUCGUUUCAAGAUAGAUGUGUCUGACACAGAUUUGGGGAUUUUCAAGCGGGCUGCUAUGGUGUUCUACACGGACUGUAUCCAGCAGUGCAGCCGACCUCUCUACAUGGACAGAAUGGUGCUGCUGAUUGUGGGGAACCUGGUAAACUGGUCCUUCGCCCUCUUUGGGUUGAUCUACCGGCCCAGGGACUUUGCGUCCUACAUGCUGGGCAUCUUCAUCUGCAACUUGCUGCUGUAUCUGGCCUUCUACAUCAUCAUGAAGCUCCGCAGCUCUGAGAAGGUCCUCCUCGUGCCCCUCUUCUGCAUCGUGGCCACUGCAGUGGUGUGGGCCGCUGCCCUGUAUUUUUUCUUCCAGAACCUCAGCAGCUGGGAGGGAACCCCAGCUGAAUCCAGGGAGAAGAACCGCGAGUGCAUCCUGCUGGAUUUCUUUGACGACCAUGACAUCUGGCACUUCCUCUCUGCUACCGCCCUGUUUUUCUCAUUCUUGGUUCUGUUAACGUUGGAUGAUGACCUGGAUGUGGUUCGGAGAGACCAGAUUCCUGUCUUCUGAGCCUCCCGUGUUAAAAGGAGAGCAGUCGUCAUGGUGCUGUUUCGUAAAAAAUACAGUGACUCAGUGAUGAACCCAGACCUCACGCUCCACUCGCCUCUAUGGUAUCAACUCUGCAUUCACAGGAAGGAGGGGAGCCCGGCAGAGCCCAGCCUUUGAGAAAGGCAGCAACGGGAGGCCUGGGCUGUGGAUGGAGGCAAAGCCUGGUCCGCCAAGAACAGCAACCGUGCUUGCAACUGUGAAAGUUAGAAAUGGACAAACAUGCAACACAGUCAACUUUUUCCCGCCCUCACCUGACACCUGUCAACAUGUGGCUCCUCUUCCCUCCACUUGUCCCCGCCACCCAAAAACUUCAGCAUGGCCACCUUCGAACCCCUGCUACACCCUCUGCGCUAGAUGUCCAAAGGCCAUCUGGGUUCUCCGGGGCCCUGGGAGGACAUGAUUUCUCAGCGUAGGGUGCAGAGGUGGACCUGAGGCCCCACCCAGCAGGAACAAAUGUCACUGCGGUCCCGGCCUGCAGCCUUCUCAGAAGGACUGCUGCCUGCUCCCCAGGUCCCGGACACUGUUAGAAGGGCUGAGGACCAGGUGUUUCCCACGGUCCUGUGAACAGGUAACCAGCACUGGGACCGAGGCCUGGGUGCUUGCCUUUUUCUUAGUAUCUUCAUCUCACCACUGUGUGUUAACCCCACAUCUUUACCUCUGCAUUCUGGAAAGGCCCUGUUAUUCCACAGAUCUGCUGAGCUCCAAGAUGGGAGGGGAAAUGGGGAAAAUUCUCUGGGCAGCAAGAGAUAGAAGAGAAAUGACUGACAGCUCAAGGAGACUAGAAACACCAGCACCCAGCGGUCAGGCCUCACCUUCGGGACUGGGGUUCCUGGAACACAUUCAGCAAAAGAGCAGCACUUACCUGUCCUCCAGUUCUUACAGCUCAGUUCGGUGCCCACAUCACCUCUGGCAGAGAAGCAGGGCCCCCCUAACCAGGGGGUCACUCUGGGGUCCUCUACAAGUGAGCCCUUUACCGUCACUUAUGGAGAGCAAGGUUCCAGGUUUUCUCCCUGAAGUUCUCAGGAGUACCUCAGGGCAAACACAUUUUCCUCUCUGGUUGCAAAGAACGCAGGUAAUGUAGUGCUGUAUCCUCUGGCACCUGUCUCUCCUAACGCCAGUAAGGUGGUGAAAAGCUCAGCGCCCCAGUUGCAGUCUCAUGCUGCGUGGCAGUUCUGUCUCCAAAGAGUCCCAUUUUGACCAAGUUCCCUUGCUGCCUGGAGUAUGACGUCAUCAGCAAACAGACGUUCAAACAUGUGCAUGCGUACGUACUUGCCUGUGAAACUGAAGUCAUUUCUCGCCUCUGCGGCCCUGAUCACUCAUUAGAGAAGUGAAUCAGGCAUUCUUUCUUUAAAAAUUAGUUUUUCUCUCAACUAUUUGUAUCAUGUUCAAAAACAUACUUUGGAAGUUUGUCCAAACUGUUUGGUAAGCUUUUCCUGAUUUUAAAAACACAAAGAUGCUAUCUAUGAAAUAGUCUGUGUGCUUUAUCUAAAAUGCCCCCCAAGUUUAUAAAUGAGUCUUCUGUUAUUCUUUAUUUCUGAAAAACUGUUGGCUUCCUUGCUGGGCAUGAUGGUGUACCACUAUAAUCCCAGCACUUUGAUCUUCCUAAUGCAGGACAAUUUCUUUGAGUUCAAUUUCAGCCUGGGCUACACAGUGAGUUCAAGGCCUAUCUGGGGUACACAACAAAACCAAAAUAAUAUAAAGUUAAAAUUGUUGGCUUCCAUAGCCCCCACGAAGGCCACCAA